CGCGCCGGGCCCGGCCCACGUUACAAUCGCCACUAUAAAGGCGGCGCGAACGCGGCGCCGCCCAGAGCAGCGGGGUCGGGGCGGCGGUACCAGCUCCGCGCCGCCCGCCCGCGGGGGCUCCCGGGGGACCAACGCAGCCCAGCUCAUCCCAUCCCAACCCCGGGAGCGGACUGACAGCUGGCCGUGGCCAUGGACAGCUUGAGGAGGCUGGUGUGCGCGGAGAGCUGCCGGGCGCUGCAGGAGAAGCUGGAGAGCUGGUACCGGGACUACGAGAUUAAUUCCUGUGAUCAGAAUCUCAACCGAUGCUGUGAAAUAAUAGAAUUGAACUCUCAGAUUCAAGGGCAGCUCUUCACAAUCCUCAAUGAAACAUCUAGAGAAGGUGGGCAUUAUGCAGGUGUGGAAACAAUAAAAACUCGUCUUCUGCCAUGGCUAGGGACCUGUUUUUCCUGUGCUACUUCAGGAAGGCACUUUGAAGACAGCCUCUCUCUCACUCAUGAUUCAGUUGAGAAAGAGAGGCAGCUGAGAGAGCUGGCCAGCAAUCAGACGUUUCAACUACAAGAGCUGCAGGAAGAACUGACUUCAACUCGUCUACAGCUCAGCAAUGUGCAACAAGAUCUGGCAAAAACCCAGUUGGCUCUUGAAGACACAAAGACCAAAUCAAUCACUACUGCUUUGGCAGCAGAAGAUGAAAUUGUUCAGCUAAAAGCAGUUCUGAAGACUUCCCGUGCCCAAGAGGAGGAUGCCCUGAGGAAGUUAGGUUGUCUGAAUGACUAUGAGCAGCAGAUCGAAAUACUGCGGGAUGAGAUUACUAUCCUGGAUGCCCAAAAUUCUGUUCUCCAGAGCAGGCUUGCACGGAGCCGUUCUCCUUCCCCAAGGCGCAGUGAGAUCAAGUCAUCGAGUCUGCUUCCCUCAAGGAGCUGCUCCCCCGGCCGAGCCAGGCGCACAAACACUUCACGCCGCGCCUGCCUCAUAACUCGCUUUGGUGACAUUUAUGCUCAAGAACGCUUGGAUGCAGAGACCCUUUUGAGGACAUACAUCAGUGACAUGGAGAUGGUGCAGAGGAUAAUAUACAUUGCAGCUGUGGAGUCUUUUAGUGUGGCUAAGAUGGCCUAUAGGCAGUUCAAAAUACGUGUGAGAGACACUCUGUCUCUAGGUCACUCGGGGCCUGAGUCACUUGAAGACACUGUCCUGGAUUACAUAGUUCGCCAUGAGGAUCUGUAUGACGUUCAAGCCAGUGUCAAUGAAGUAAUUCGUUCCAUGAACAUCAACCCGAAGAUUUCAUUUCCACCAGAAAUUGAUUUCAUUGUGAUCAGCACUUUGAUUCGAGAGUUGUGCUGUGUGGCUUUUUCCAUGCAGACACUCAUUCCUCCUCUUGAUAUUGCCUUUGGUACUGAUGGAGAACUUUUCAGUGAGACCAAGUACUAUCGUAGUUUUGACUCUGAUUUCACAGCUCUGUUGGUGGCCUAUCAUGUAUGGCCUGCUCUGAUGGAAAAAGAUGUUGUAAUUUUGAAGGGAGAGGCAGUCACAAAAAGAGGAGCUUUGUGGUCUCGCAGAAGUAGAAGUAGCAGCAGAGGCCGAAGCCGCAGCAGUAGCCCUGGUCCUCUUCUAGCCCACCACUUGUCUCGAAGCCGCAGUCCUUCACCACUGAGGAGCACAAGCCCAAGGCGUUAACAGAACACACUCCUGUGAUGCAGUUACAUCUGGAUCCAAGAACUUCACUUGUGCCUUUUCCUGUCAAGAAUACCUCAAACCUUGCAAUAAUGUGAAUGGCAGCUGUCACUCCAAAUGGAGUUUGUGUUCAGUGUGGUUUUUAGAAUUAUAGAAGGCUUAUUUAUGAUUUUAGAAACUAAUUCAACCCUUCUGAUUAAAAAAAAAAAGUGUGUGCAAUACAGGAUCAUACUCAUUUGGCAAAUUUUGCAGAGCACUGAGUAGUGCAUGCUGUAGUCCUGCAGAUGAAAUUAUUGCAUCUAGAAUGUUUUCGACAGAUUCCAAGUGAUGCAGUUUAGAGGAUGUUUAAUAUAACCUAAAUGGUGAACAUUACAGAAUGUUGAGGUUAGCUGUUACUUGAAAACAAUUUCGUUAAUUGGUGCUUAUUUACAAUUUUAGAAAACAGCAAUAAUCUUAGAAUGUGCCAGUCCCACACAGCAGGAUUUGAAAUACGUCCUUGUGGCAAACUGACUUUUCUAACUACAAUGUAAAAGUUGCACAAAACGUUCAUAAACUAGCAAUACUUCAGCAAUCCCCAGGACUCUAUUGCCAUUUACUUAUGAAAGCAUGGGAGUGUGCUUUGGCAAGGCAGUAAUAGUCCUUGUUAAAUUCAUUGUUACUUAGAAAUGAAUAUCAUAAAAAUUUGUAGUUUGAAACUGAAGUAUUUUGAAAGUGUGCCACUGACUAUUUGUAGGCUUGAAAUGCUUGCUUGAAGUGGCCUAUUUGGUACCGCUUUUAAUGAGUUCCACACCAGACUGAUAGAUUGGUAAUUCUUGUGAACAUGGUGAAAAAACCUGUCCAGUUAGCUCCUACUGUGGGUGUUUGUUAUAUUUUAAGUGUAAAAGUUAGAAACCCAAAGAGAUUUUAUUCUGGCACUUUAAAUAGUUUGUUCCCUUUGUAAAUGUUUGUUUUAAUAUCAGCAUUUUUGUUUUUGAGAGAACUGAUACUGUCUUCCUCUCAGAACCACAUCUGUAGGGCCAGCCUUAAAUACAAGCCACACAAGUGACUGCUUGUGGCCUCGUGCUUUUACACGGACACACAGGAUUUGUCGUAAUGGAGCUGAUGAGUAAUUCACCAGCUCCACUGGUUCAUUCCAGUUAAUACCUGAUGCUUCAAAGGUAUGUGGAGCAUUGCCCAAAUUAAUCUCCACAAUUGUGGAAUAGGCACAAUCAGAAGGAGGAAAAAUUCCUUUCUGCCUCCUCUCUUAAUCAGCCUAUACCCAGGAACAUGGCAUUGCAUUAGCACGUCUGUGAUAACACGAGCACACAUUUUUAUUGGUUCUGAAACUAUUUAGUCCUUAAAAUUAAGGUACAGGAGCAGAUUUUGUGAUCCUUUUCCAGGGAUCUUAUGCAGAUUGACACAUCCAUGCUCUUUCUCUCUAGUUCUUGUGUGGCUUAAGACUUUGGCACAAGGAUCUUUGGCACAGGAUCAGAUUUCAGGCAGACUUUAGUGUUGGUCCCCAAGAGCCGUGGGUCAGCUGUGACUUGAGUUCUACAGAUGUAUUUUCAUUGGAAGUAGGCCAUUAGUAACUGAGAAGAGCAAAAUGAGGCUCUGUGUGUAGAGAGUUAUUCCCAGAGCCACUCUGACUGACCUAAGGGGACACAAAGGCACAUGCAUCGAUGUGAUGUGCUUUGUUAUCCAAGAAAAUCACAGGAGAAAAUGCAAAGCAAUAUAUUUCCUCAUCUAAGAGCCUGCUUGUUGGUCACAGCUAUGGAUCUGAGCUUGAAGCAAACCUGCGUAUUUCUGCACUGAUCUCAUGACUAAAACCACCACAGUUGUGGAAAAAGUGAGCACCUGCAACUUGUGUGGCAACAGGAGGCUAUUAGAUAUUUUGAAUAUGGUUUUGAGCAGAAAAACUAAGAAUUUCUCAAAAUCUUCUAAUUACCAAGGGCUAGGGAGGUAUAGUUUUUUUUUUUUUUUUAAAAAAAAAAAAAAACCCUAGCUGUCAUGUGUUUGUCUUCUGCAUAUAAUGACCAAGACAUGUCUGUCUUAUUAAGUUGAAGUAAGGUUCCACACCAACUGUUAGAAAACCAAGACCACACCAAGGAAAUAUGUUUUUUUCUUGACAAGCAUGAGAGGCAGGGUAGUUCCAGACUUGCACACACCUGUGAUUGCACUAGGAACUAGUAUUCCCAAAGGUCUAAAUUGGCCAUAAAAGACAAAUUUGUGGUGCUUGGUUGACCAUCUCAUCUUACACCCCCAGCAGGUACCUAGAGAACUAGUUAGUCUCAAAGUAAAAAACUAAUGAAAUGACAGCCAGUGACUUGUUUUGGUAGGGAGAAAGCAGCUCUAGGAUUUUUUUUUUUUCCAUUAUGUUUUAGAGCAGAGAAAACUGUUUUCAUCAAAAUAAGAAGUCAGCCCACAGCAAUUAGUUAAACAAUUAGUUAAACAAACCUUACUCUACUCAGCUGUACUCUGCAGCCCAUAGUCUUUCUCUAGGAAUAGACUGUUUUGUACUACUUGCCUGCACGGCUUAUUUAUAGCAAAUCAAAUCUGUAGGUCAGAUAGAAGUUUGGUUUUGGUGUCAAGUUACACACUAAUAGCUCCUGUGCUGCUUUUUAUCCACAUGACAACAGUGCAGACAAUGCAUACCAAUAAAGAUUAUAUGGAAUUAACCAGCAAAUCCAAAAUAACUUAUAAAAAGGGACUUCUGCAUUUGCUUGUAAGACCCUAUGAAAGAAUGGAACAUUAAUGUGAAAUCAAUGACUCAAUACUGUAAGAAGAGUUUUUAAAAUCUUCAGUAAUAUUUGGGUUUUUUUCCUUUUUCUUUUCUCAACCACAAGCCCGGAUAAUGCCACGCUUAUAAAUACAGCAAAACAGAAAUGGUAAUUCUAGUAAGUGACAAAUUCUAAUAAGUGACAAAUUAAAAAAAGCCAGUAAGGCUUCUGUUACAAGAUAUUUUUGAAACAGUAUGAUCAUGAUCGAAGUGUUAAUAGCAGGAAAAAGAAAGCUAGAUUUUGAGCUAAUUUAAUCUCUUUGUAGAUGGACUGAUGGAGUGAGACUGCACAGGAUGUAAAAAAGCACCAGCUUUGGGCCAAGGUGUUCAUGCAGAACAGCACGUUUGUGAGGGAUUUUGAGAUUGCUAGAGAAUUUCCCUGCAUGUCAGCUCUUUGAAGGCUGAUUUUAUCUAUCUCAAUUCAAAGGCUGUCCUGGAGUCAGUCUAAACAUGUGUAUGUUUUAUCCCCCAUUUCUGGGAAAGUACAGUGUCAUCAAAACAGCUUCAGUCUUCAAGGUUUGCAGCUCAAUAACAUAGAGACUCAUGCAGAGCUAGUGGAUACUGAGGGUAAAUGGCUCAGCUAAAUUUGCUACUGCGAGAUGAAGAUUUAAAUUCAGACAUUAUCUUUGGUAGAUUCUCCCAGCAUCCUGACAGGAGAAAGAAAGUUGGGAGCAGGAGGCUGGUGGAGUCCUCCCAUCUAAUUUUUCUGGCAGUGAGCUGUGGUGCUGAUCCAGUCUUGUAGGAGUCUCUGGAGAUGGGUGGGAAGUUAAAGCAAAAAUACUUUACAGCCUGAAGAAAGUAAAUGUGAAGGCUGAAAAAUAUCAGAAUACUCACUGGAAAAGAUAUGCCUGUACAUCCUCCAGGAUUUGAGCCUUUUAACUUCACUUUUAUAUUGCAUGUAUGUACUGCAAAAGUUUGUCAUCCCAUAGAAGUGCCAUGAGAAUUACUGUCAGCUUUAUGUAACCUUUGUCAGCCAUUUUUGAUUGGUGUUAACUACACAAUGAUUUUCUUACUGUAGUAUUAAAUAAUCUAGCUUUGUAUUAAAGAAAUGAAAAUCUGUUUGCUAUGGCUUGCAGCCACAUUAGCAUGUGUUCAGAUCGAAUGUUUGAAGCUUUAAGACUGUGUUGUGCUUCUUCUAGUCAUGCAGCAUACUAAGCAAAUACACGGAAGAAAUGUACGUUUCAUUGUAUCCAGGUUUUUGAAGGUUUAAAACAACACGUGUAAGCAAAUCUGUCACAGGCUCUUGCUGAAAUACAGCUGUGUUGUUUAUGAGCACUUGGUGUCAUUUUACUGUUAGCGGAUGAAGGCAUGAACACAGAUGAAGUGGGUGGUGUAUUUAUGCUUUCUUAUGGCUUUGAGAAGGCAACACUUCCGCCUUGCAAAAGCAUCGUUAUCAAAGUAAUGUCACCUGCUUGGAAGUACAAUGUCAGUAUAGAGCAGCUAUGUAGAGUACAAUGUCAGCUAUUAGUAUUGCUUCCUGUGAAAUUGUUUUUUCCUAAAGGACUUAGGCCUGCAUUCAGAGGUGUUCAUUUGACAAGAAAAGAAUUUAUCAAGAGAGAUCACUUUAGGCUAAUUCCUCCUCUUUACAGUAGCUGGCAUUUAGCCUUUUACAUUAGACAAAUAUAAUCUAUCACAAGUAGGUAUGACACCGACCUUUGUAAACUGCAUUCAGGACCUUCAGUGAAAACCUGUCUCUUUGUUGAUGAUACAUGUGCCUGCAAAACAGCAUGAACAAGACAAACAUUUACUAUUUGGAAGCAUCAUCCUCUAUUCACAUAAACCAUUUUGCCCUAUGAACUUUUAUUCAGUUUGCACUUUUUAUGGCUGACUCAUUUGAAUUAAUAAAAAAUAAAUGAAAUUUUUAAA